UAAUAUUCUAAGAUAAAUUCUAGAUAUAGAAAGAUUAUGCUUCAAACUCUUUUUCUGUUGCAAAUGAUCAUAUUCUAUUCCUUUAUUUGAAACUCCAUUUGACUAGAAAAAUCAACAAAAAAAGUCUGUUUUUCAAACUUCUUCCCUGCUUAAAGUUGUUCUUGACAUUUUUAUGUUAUUCAAAAGAAGUUGAAGUCAUUUGAAUAUUUUACACUGCGUUUGUUAAGUUUCUAUUUCUAGAUGUGCUUAAUCAUAUAUCUUUGUAAGAAAUCCAUUUAUCCAUUAGACAAGCUGAAACCUGUGUUGCACGGAAAUGGGUGCGCGUGUGGACAAGGAUACCGACACAGGACACGUCAAAUUUGUGAAAGACGGGACAGGGGGACAUAGAUAUGUGUGCCCGCGCGCGUGUGCAUAUGAUGCUCUCAAAUCGAGAGUCAGCAAGACGCUCUCGAAGGAGAAAGCAAGCACAUUUAAGUGAACUUGAGGCACAGGUGUCACAACUAAGAGUGGAGAACUCAGCUUUGUUGAAGCGCCUUACUGACAUAAACCAGAAGUACAAUGAAGCUUCUGUAGACAAUAGGAUACUGAAAGCAGAUGUCGAGACUUUGAGGGCUAAGGUAAGUUGUUAUGUUACCUAGGCGAGCAUGUAAAUUUUAACGCUGCAGUGUAAAAAUGAGAUAUCAUGGUUAAUAUCUGCAUCUGUUUCCUUAGAUGAUGAAAGUGUUUUCCUUUGUAUAUAUACUACGGUGAUAAUUAAUCAGUAUUAAACAA